UUUGACGAAGAAGAAGAAGAAAACAAACGAUGAAGAAGAAUGUGUCACAUUCCUCCGAUUCUUCUUCUACUUCACCUCCCCUUCAUCAAAUUAUCCUAAUUUCUCUCGUUUCCUUUUCAUCCCAUUGAAAAAAAAGUUGUCACCUUUCGAAAUCGGAACAAUAUAACAUUUAAAGCUUUCAAGAUCAUCAUUGUUCCCAUAUAGAUCCCAAAAUGGGUCUCAUCAUGUAAGAACAAGUUUUGUGGGAUGUUGACAAUGGACAAGGAAUUUGAUUCAAAGCUUGCUCUUCAAGGCAAUUCAUCAUCAAAUGGUGGUGGUGAAACUAUUUCUAGAAGCAAAAGCUUCGCAUUUAAGGCUCCUCAGGAGAAUUUCACCAGCCAUGAUUUCGAUCUCGGCAAGAUCUAUGGUGUUGGCUCUUAUUCAAAGGUUGUUAGGGCAAAGAAGAAGGAAAAUGGAACUGUGUAUGCCUUGAAGAUCAUGGAUAAAAAGUUUAUCACCAAGGAGAAUAAAACAGCUUAUGUCAAAUUGGAGAGGAUUGUUCUUGAUCAACUCGAACAUCCCGGGAUUGUGAAACUCUUCUUUACAUUUCAAGAUCCACAAUCACUAUAUAUGGCGCUUGAAUCUUGCGAGGGUGGGGAACUUUUUGACCAAAUCACCAGAAAAGGUCGUCUAUCAGAGGAUGAAGCUCGGUUCUACAGUGCAGAAGUUGUGGAUGCUCUUGAGUAUAUACAUAAUAUGGGACUGAUUCAUCGAGAUAUCAAGCCGGAGAAUUUGUUGCUAACUUCAGAUGGACACAUUAAGAUUGCUGAUUUUGGAAGUGUGAAGCCAAUGCAAGACAGUCAAAUCACAGUACUUCCUAAUGCAGCAUCCGAUGAUAAGGCGUGCACUUUUGUCGGAACGGCUGCUUAUGUUCCUCCUGAAGUUCUAAACUCCUCUCCAGCAACUUUCGGAAAUGAUCUCUGGGCGCUUGGCUGCACUCUGUACCAAAUGCUUUCAGGAACUUCUCCAUUCAAGGAUGCUAGUGAAUGGCUCAUUUUCCAAAGAAUUAUAGCCAGAGAUAUAAAGUUUCCAAAUCAUUUCUCAGAAGCAGCAAGAGACCUCAUCGACCGAUUGCUAGAUACAGAACCUAGUAGAAGACCAGGAGCUGGAUCAGAAGGCUAUGCUUCUCUCAAGAGACAUCCUUUCUUCAAGGGAGUUGAUUGGAAAAACCUAAGGUCACAAACUCCUCCAAAACUAGCUCCAGAUCCUGCGUCCCAGUCAGCAUCUCCAGAGAGGGAUGGUUCUCCAUGGAACCCAACACAUGUUGGAGAUGCUUCAGUCUUGCAGAACGAUGGACACGGCGGACACUCUGAAUCCUCAGGUUCCAUAACUCGGCUUGCCUCCAUAGACUCUUUUGAUUCGAGAUGGCAACAGUUCCUAGAACCAGGAGAAUCAGUUCUAAUGAUAUCAGCAGUGAAGAAGCUACAGAAAAUCACAAGUAAGAAGGUGCAACUAAUACUCACCAACAAACCGAGACUGAUAUACGUUGACCCAUCAAAGCUUGUAGUAAAAGGGAACAUAAUCUGGUCUGAUAAUUCCAACGACCUCAACGUUCAAGUUUCAAGUCCUUCACAUUUCAAGAUUUGCACACCGAAGAAGGUUUUAUCGUUUGAAGAUGCGAAACAAAGAGCUUUGCAGUGGAAAAAGGCAAUUGAAACUCUUCAAAACCGUUGAGACUCGUAGCUGAUGAUGUCAAUUCAUUAAGUCCCUUUUUCCCCCAUUUCCUUGAUUCAAUUGAUUACACCUCACUGUAUGCAUACAAGAAGUUUCUUGGGCCGUAGGUUUCUUCUCCGAUCCCAGAAGAUGAUAACUGAAAGUUGCAUUAAUCUGUUUUGAAGUCCUUACUGACAGAUUUAUGAAUGACAGUAACCAAAGUAACACCUAAGCUAAUAUGGAUUGGUUUCUAGUUUCAGUUUUGGUUUGGUUCAGUGUUAAUCAUAUUUCGUUAAGUUUUUGA